AUGUCGCCGGCGAAGAAGGCCAGGGGCAGACCGCCAGCUGCCAACAAAGUCACGAAGCCUGCCCAGAAGGCUACAAAGGGUCGCGCGACUGGAAAACUUGCAGCGGCAAUCAGCAAAGCAGGAGAAGAGGCUAUCAACGACACGUCGAGCAAGGCUAGCGGCAAGGUUUCGAAGAGAGGCCGCAAGGCUGCCGAGAAGAUCGAGAUUCAGGAGGAGGACGUCGAGGACGAGGACGAGGACGACGAUGCGGCGGAUGUCGACAGUAUGGCCGAAUCAGAAGAUGACAUUGCUCCGGCGGUGACGGCGACCACAGCGAAGACCCGAGGGCGACCGAAGGCAGCAGCUACGACCGCGACGACUACAGAAACAUCGAAAGAGGUGCCGAGUUCUACUACGAAGGGUGCCGCAAAGCCGACUAAGCGAGGUCGUCGUGCAGGAGCAAAACCGGCUCGGGAUGAUGAAUCUGAAAUUCCAGAGACGCAGGCUCAAGACGAUAUGGACGUCGACACGGAAGGCGAUGACAAAUUCGACGAGCUACCGGUACCGAAGCCGUCAACGCAUCGCGGUAAUCGUGCGAGUGGUAAUCCGGAUUUGGACGCUAGUGAUGUGCAACUUCGGAGGCGCUUGGGCGACACGAUUAGAAAGUACGAUAACCUUGAAGCGAAAUACCGUGAUCUUCGGGACAUCGGGGUCAAGGCGGCAGAACGGAACUUUGAUAAUCUCAAAAAGGAGAGUGAAGAAAGAGCAAAAACUGCAAACGAACUCAUUGCACAUCUCAAGGCCGACCUUGCAGAGCAACGUAGCUUGGCCAAAGAGGGGCAACAACGCAAAAAGCAACUCGAAGAAAUGGAGGCAAAGGUGUCAGCUCUGACGACUUCUCUAACCGAGGCAAAGCAAGAAAUCAAGACUUUGUCGACGCGGUUGGCUGCGAGCAGGUCUGCCGAAGCUGCAGCCAGUGCCAAGGUCAUACCUGGAAGCGCUGUCAAGGGCUCAAGCGCAGCUGCCAGGGCCAUCGCCAGCUCGGAUGUUGUACAAACGGGACAGCUGAAAGAGGACCUUUAUGGCGAUUUGACCGGCUUGAUUGUCAGAGUUACCAAGCGUGACUCGGCAGGCCAGGUGUUUGAUUGCAUACAAACGGGGAGAAACGGGAUUGAGAACGAAAGCUCCGGCGAAAACUACGAGGAGGCUCAUUUCACCUACAAGCCGCAAUUGGACUCUAACAGAGAUCGCGAACUCAUCGACAUGCUGCCCGACUUCCUUGUUGAAGAAAUCGAGUUCCCUCGGCCACAUGCGGCAAAGUUUUACGCGCGGGUCAUCAAGUCUUUGACGGAGCGGCUGGACUGA